AGCCUAUCCCAGGCCGGCGUGCGCAACACACAGACGCACUAACCGGUAAGAGGAUAACGGCGGCUGCUGUAUCGAGCGAGCUGCUACUGAUGCUGAUACUGAUGCUGCUGAAGCAUCUGCAGCACUGUUCGACUCGUCUUCUUCUUCUUGUUUGUUUCCUUCCAGAUGUCACGCCGCCUCGGAUGGGCUGUCGUCAUCGGCACCACUGAAUGGGGAUGUGUGUGAGUAUUUCGACGCGAGUCCCGCACGAAUGGAUUCUACGGAGGGGAUAAUUUCUACCGAGGGAAAGGAAACAUGACUGGCAGCCCGCUCCCCUGACGAUUCUCCGGGAUGCAGUAGUUUGAGGCCGGACAUGAUUUUAAUCUCAGGAGUUGCUGUAGUGAAUGUGGGAUGAUGCGCACCGCACCCCGACAGACACUGACGAGGAGAACACAGCCCGGGCCUCAAACGCCUCAAAACCGAGCCUGAAUUGAUUGAUUGAUCGAUUGAUUUUUGCUGGACUGUGGCGCACAGUGAGCCUCUUGUUGUUUUUUGGCUGACUGGGACGUUUUUUGGGGGGGGAAACCCUCCUGAUGAGGAGGGAUUGCUCUGCUUUGUCUGAAAGGAUCCACUGAGCACUGUUGCUCACACCCAGGAAGGAGAACCAGGGCUGAGCUGCUCACCUGGUCAUUUCUACACACAAUAAUAACCCGUCAAUAUGGCUGAACGGACAUUGGAGCAGGGCUCGGUCAGCAUCCCCAUGGAGGAGACCAAGCUCCCCGGCGGUGCACCUCAGGAGGCGCCGCUGCUCACCCACCUGAAGAAAGUGGAGAACCACAUUACUGACGCUCAGCGCUUCUCCCACCUCCCGCGCCGCUCUGCCCUGGACCUGGAGUUCAAUGAGCUCUCCUACACCAUCUGUGAGGGUCCAUGGUGGAGGAGGAGAGGAUACAAAGCCCUCCUCAAGUGUCUGUCAGGAAGAUUCAACAGCAGAGAGCUGAUUGGCAUCAUGGGGCCCUCUGGAGCUGGGAAAUCCACACUGAUGAAUAUUCUCGCAGGGUACAGGGAGACGGGCAUGAAGGGCCAGAUCCUGGUCAAUGGGCGACCAAGGGACUUGAGGACUUUCAGGAAAAUGUCCUGCUACAUCAUGCAGGAUGACAUGCUGCUGCCACACCUCAGUACAAGGGAGGCCAUGAUGGUUUCUGCCAAUCUGAAACUGAAGGAAAGCAUACAGGUCAAAAAAGAACUUGUGGAUGAGAUCCUGACCGCUCUCGGGCUUCAGGAGUGUGCUCAGACACGCACCAACUCUCUGUCUGGGGGUCAGUGUAAAAGACUGGCUAUCGCCCUUGAGCUGGUCAACAAUCCUCCUGUCAUGUUCUUCGAUGAGCCCACCAGUGGUCUGGACAGUGCGUCCUGCUUCCAGGUUGUUUCCCUCAUAAAGUCUCUGGCUCUGGGAGGACGGACAAUCAUCUGCACCAUUCAUCAGCCCAGUGCCAGGCUCUUUGAGAUGUUUGAUAAGCUCUACAUCCUCAAUCAGGGUCAGUGCAUAUACAAGGGUUCAGUCCCUUACCUCAUCCCGUAUCUGAAGAGCCUGGGCCUCCACUGCCCGACAUAUCACAAUCCUGCGGAUUUCAUCAUUGAGGUGGCGUCAGGGGAGUAUGGAGACCUGAAUCAAGUUCUCUUUGAGGCUGUCCAGGGUGGACUGUGCUCCGAGGAGGGCAAGAAGAACUCCAAAAGUGACUCUUCCUGUCCCUCUCAAUGCCACAGUAACACAGGAACCCUUGAGAAACACAGCUUUGCCACCAGUACAUUCAUACAGUUCUGGAUCCUCUUCAAAAGAACAUUCACUACAAUAUGCAGGGACAUGGUGCUGACCCACCUCAGGCUCAUGUCCCAUGUGUGUGUUGGUGUGCUGAUUGGCUUGCUUUAUCUCAAAAUUGGAAAUGACGCCAGCAAGGUCUUCAACAACACCGGUUUCCUCUUUUUCUCCAUGCUGUUCCUCAUGUUUGCUGCCCUGAUGCCCACUGUCCUAACCUUUCCUCUGGAGAUGUCUGUGUUGCUAAGGGAACAUCUCAACAACUGGUACAGCCUGAAGGCCUAUUACUUUGCCAAAACCAUGGCUGACAUACCGUUUCAGGUGAUUUGUCCAAUCAUAUACUGUAGUAUAGUGUACUGGAUGACUGAACAGCCACCAGAAGCAACCCGUUACCUACUUUUCAUGGCCUUGUCCACAUCCACAGCCCUGGUAGCCCAAUCCCUGGGUCUCCUUAUAGGGGCUGCAUCGACGUCUCUGCAGGUGGCAACCUUCGUGGGUCCAGUCACAGCUAUACCUGUGCUCCUCUUCUCUGGCUUCUUUGUCAACUUUGACACUAUUCCCAAAUACCUGCAGUGGAGCUCUUAUGUCUCCUAUGUCAGGUAUGGCUUUGAAGGGGUGAUACUCUCUAUCUAUGGGAUGAACCGGUCGGAGCUGGAGUGUCCAGGCUUGGUGUGUAAGUUCCAAAAGCCAGAGGAGGUUCUCCUGCUGCUGAACGUGGAGGAUGCAAAGCUCUAUGUGGACUUCAUGGUGCUGGGGGUUUUCUUCCUGAUCCUCAGACUGGCUACUUACCUGGUCCUGCGCUACAAAGUGAAAUCAGUGCGUUAAGACACUCGGAGGCAGCCACUGAUGGAUUGGGACACUCGUACAUAUCCCGACGGUGUGAGAUAGUAAGAAAACACGUAGUCUCUCAUUCUCUGUCUCUACUUCACAUACCUGUACAAAGACGUUCACAAAUCCAGCACGUACAGUCAUCCAAAAGCUGUGCUGAUUCAUUACCCAAAUCUGUACAGUACAAUCAUCUUUUAUUAAAAGAAAGUUUAGACUGCGCCGUAUGGUGCUCUGCCCACUGCCCAUUAUUAGCUGUCCUCCAGGUUAUAGUAUGUCACAGAUCACCAUUACCUUCCCAUAAUAUUGUGCAUCUCCACCAUACGUAAGCAGAAUGCUCAGCAAAGUUGCAGAAAGCAUGUUUCAUUGAACUGAGAAAUUUGGAUUUACACUUAUUUGGCCGCACCAGGAAAGUGCUGUGUGAAUAGUGAACUUCUCUCUCACUCAAAGGAUCAUCUUAUCAGGCAUCCUUUCCUUACCAAGACAAUGAACACACUGGCUUUUUGUUAUGGCAUUCAACCUUAUAACGGACAGACUGCUAGUGGAUGACUUUCCUCUCUUUCCUUCUCCAGUGUAAUCAUUUCACAAGCCUUCUGCCCCACCGCUGAUGGUGGAUGAAAUGUUUGUAAAAAUAUCCAGCAGUGAUAAACCCUGUGACCAGGCAUAUGAUUCCUUACUUGCUCCUUAAAACAUGGGUUCUCCCAUUUAAACGUGGAAACAUUCAGUGAAAAGUAAAGGAAAUAUGCCAGCAAAUGUGACUGCUGUUACCAGACGGUUUCAGAAAUCUUCUCUUCAUCAUACUGCUUGCACAGAGAGAAUGGUGUUUUUGGUGAAACGCAAUAGACUGUUCCACAAGACGUGAUGUUUGACUAAUCGGUGUUGCUCUUUUGAGACAAUUCUUUGAACUGCUCGUUUCCACUCAUCUGACUCUUAAGCUGCCUCCUCCUUGAGCUACGAAAGGAAAUUUCCUUUUAUUUCUCUCCUCUUUCUCUCUGCUUUGCUGAUGUUUGACAGAUGUGUGUUGUCCAUGAAACAAUGCUAGAUACUUGAAAUGCGGGCCGGGCAGUUUUUGUGCCUCUGAACUAGAAUGAUUUGAGUUUCCUCUGCUUCAAUUUUUGCACAUACAUACAUAUAUACACGUCUCUCUCUCUCUCUCUCUCUCUCUCUCUCUCUCUCACACACACACACGCACGCGCGCACACACACACACACACACACACACACACACACACACACACACACACACCUGGCAAUCUUUAGAAGAGCCUGUCUUUGUCACAGGGCAAUGCAAAAUUUUCUUGCUAUGAAAUAUUUCUUACUCAAACUAUGCUACUUAGUAAUCCUAAUUAUAAUGUAUAAAAUAAUGUGAGCAUAUAAUCAAUUAUGUACAGUGAAUAUGUCAUGCUGUAAACCAAUGUACAUUUGCACUUUUCAAUGUUUAUUGUUUUUGUAUUUAUUUAUAUUUAAUUUUUGUUUUUAUAUAUCUAUGUGACGAGUGCUGCUUGAAAGUUAUUAUGGGAAAACAGCAACUGAAUGUUGCAUGUUCAAAUUUAGGAAUGAAAUUUAUGAAAUAUUAAAUUUCAAAGUAUAGCAUAAUGAUUUUAUUUCAUCAUCCAAAUGUAUGUUUCCUGCCAUCUUUGAGGAGACGCAAAUCCUUUGCUUUCUGUAGAAUAUUUUUAGAAUAUCUGGAAUCAAAUGUGCAUCUGGUGUCAAUAAAAAAAAAAGAAAAAGGUCAAAAGAACUGAGGAUAGAAGAUGGGUGAAAUAUUCCAGAUGGAAAAUGGCAAAAAUAAACAACCAAAUGUUUCGUUAUGUAGCUAGAGGGACUGGCGGUCUCUUUAGGGAGCAGUUGAGGGAUUCUAUCAUCAAUAGCAAUAGUCAACAUUGUGAUAUGUCAUACAUCCCAAUGCUGUGGCAUUAGUAGAUGUUUAUGUUUUAUAGAAAGAACAUGAUUUGAGUCUUUUUGUUCCUACCUGUUUUAUUACGUGCAAUAACCAUCCUAAAAGGUAUUUUAACUCUAUGAGACCAAUUUCAUGAAGGAAAAUGUGAUGCUGCAAUCUGAAUUUUUUACAUUUAUUUAUGUCUUUGUUACUCCUGUUAAGUAAAAUAGGCUAAUUUGGUGGACAGUUAACAAGAUGAUACUCUAACUAAUGAUUUAACUAUAGGGGCGAAAGUAUUAGAAAAUAGUAGAAGAUACUGUAGAUUGGUGCUGGUUAAAUUGAAGCCAUUGGGCAGAUGCUACUAUUUAAGUGUCAGACCCCGUCAAAAUACUUGGUUCUCGAGGUUGGUGCAGGAACUUUGUAGCAUGGGAAAAAUAUUGCAUGAAGACAGUUUUAACUGCCAAUGCAGCAGAUAUGUGUCUAAGCUUCCUCAAAUUCAAUCGAAAGCCAUGAGAUUGUAGCAGACCUGCAGGAAUUACUUAAUGGUAAAAAAAAAAAAGGAAACCUAACUGCAGAAAAGAAACAGCUCUGACCUUUAAGAACAGAACAGGGGUAAUUAGCAGUGUUAACCAGCCUGGGAAAGUCUCUGUCUGAGGUCUGAAGGUCUGUGGUACCAAAGAAGAGAACAAAUCAUCCUUCCUCUACUGCAAGAUGUGAACAACAGUGGGUUAACUUCUAAUUGAGAUUAGAUAGAGCUCUGAAAAUACAUCCACAAUGUUUGUAGUAAUUCAAAAUCCCACCGGACUUUCCUUAUUAUUGAAUUUCUAAUCCUAUUCAAACUGUUGUGUUUUUUGGGAUAUGUUAUCCAGUACCCUCUGGUCAGAAGAGUAAUCAUGACUGACAGACAUCGUCCAGCUCCAGAAAGUGAAUAAUAUCAUCUUAAUGAAAUCUAAUCCUGUGUAAGGGAGUGUUAAGUGGGUCAGGGAAGUGACUGUGCUGGAUGCAGCUGAUGAGCAUAUAGCUUCAAAUCACUUUCUUUGAUACUUUUAUUUAUCAUGGCACAAUUUUGCCUGCUUGUCAUAAAAUGCCACCAGGCUCAAGUGCACUCUAUCAUGCAUGGUAAAUAAUAAUAUGCAGGCAAUCUCUACAGAAAGUUGAGUGAAAAGUUCGUAUUGGAAUGGACAGCUGUUUAACAUGGAUUGUAUUUCUUUUUCUGUCUGAUAUGUGUUUAUCAUUUACAAUUUAAUUUAUGGUUUUUCAAUUCAAAAAAAUGCAAGUUCUAUAUACUGAACGCUGUUCCAAGGAUUAUAAUAAAGAUUAUUUAUAACCUUU